AUGCCCUCGGCCCUCUUCAACAAUGCCCUCUCCACUUCGGCAAUUCUCAAGGACAAACCACGAGAGAUGGAGGAUGGUCGGAAGAAAGAAAUUGCAGUAUGUCCAACGGAUGAUGAUGUGGUAGCACCGAAGGUGCGGAAACCAAAUAAGCAGAGUUGGGACUAUGUAUGGAGGACUGGAGUUGCCGGAGGAAUGGCAGGAUGCGCGGCAAAAACUAUAGUCGCGCCUCUUGAUCGAGUCAAGAUUCUGUUUCAAGCGAGCAGUCCUCAAUUCGCAAAGUAUACCGGGUCAUGGUUUGGGGUGGUUCAGGCGAUGAAGGAUAUUUACAGAGUUGAUGGAUCAACAGGCCUAUUUCGCGGACACUCAGCUACAUUGUUACGGAUAUUUCCAUACGCGGCUAUUAAAUUCCUGGCCUACGAGCAGAUACGGGCUGUGGUUAUAAAAGGUCCAGAACAGGAGACUCCUUUUCGACGACUUAUUAGCGGAUCACUAGCGGGUGUCACAUCAGUAUUCUUCACAUAUCCUCUCGAAGUCAUCCGAGUGCGCCUGGCCUUCGAGACGAGAAAAGACUCCAGAUCUUCCUUGACUCAGAUUUGCAAACGAAUUUUCAAUGAGGUUCCACCUCCUCGAACAAACCCAGGCGAACCCGCGAUUCUUGCGGCUGCGCAUGCUGUAACGCCUAAGUCGGGGCUCUCGAAUUUCUAUAGAGGGUUCUCUGCCACAUUCUUAGGCAUGUUGCCUUACGCUGGAAUGUCAUUUCUCACCCACGAUACCGCCGGAGAUCUCCUACGCCAUCCUCUCAUAUCUCAAUACACAACCCUCCCGAAACCCGCCAACUCCCCCACAAAUAAACCACCACCUCUCCGAUCAUGGGCGGAGCUUUUUGCAGGUGGCAUAGCAGGCUUAGUCUCGCAAACCUCAGCAUAUCCAUUAGAAGUGAUUAGAAGGAGAAUGCAAGUUGGAGGAGCCGUAGGCGACGGCCACAGACUCAACAUAACGGAAACAGCGAAAUUGAUUAUGAGGGAGAGAGGGCCCACUGGGUUUUUCAUCGGCUUGACGAUUGGCUAUGUUAAGGUGGUUCCGAUGGUAGCGGUUAGCUUUUAUGUUUAUGAGCGGGGUAAGACUUGGUUGGGCAUUUAG